GUUAUCACCGUUGUUUAUAUUUGCCGAUGACAUCGAAUUAAUAAAUUAAUCUUUGGUUCCGAAACGAACAUUUCAUUAUUCCUAUAGAAGUUAUAGUAAAAAAAUUUAGUAAAAUGUCUUAUAAAGUUCCACAGAAAGUACAGAAAGUUAUGGUACAACCUAUAAACCUUAUUUUUCGACAUUUGCAGAAUCGUGCUAAAGUUCAGGUAUGGCUCCAAGAGAAAAUUCAUUUAAGAAUCGAGGGACAUAUUGUCGGAUUUGAUGAAUAUAUGAAUUUGGUGUUGGAUGAAGCUUGUGAAGUUAACACUAAAAUUGACUCUCGCAAACCAGUUGGGCGCAUACUGUUGAAAGGAGAAAAUAUUACUCUAAUACAAAAUAUGACUCCUUCUAUUGGUUAAAAGCAAGAAAUCUUAAUUUUAAUUCAAGUAUUUUAAUAUACCAUUUGUAAUAUAAUUAUUUAAUAAUAAAAUAUCUUAAUACUUUAAAGUAAAAUAAUUUCAUACUUGUAAUUUUAUUUUGUUUACUGUUAAUUAAUCAUAUCACAUGUACAAAUAAGAAAUCAUUGGCAUAUAUUUUAAAUAGAAGGAAGAUGAUUACUAUCUAACGAUACAUUUAUGAUUGUAGCUAAGUUUUUGUAAUGUAUUCAAUUGUAGCAGUA